GCUGAAGUGGCGCAGGGAGCCGGAACAGGCGGGCAGCUUCAUAAGAAAAGACAAAGUGAACGGAAAACAGGAGCCAUGCGGCGAAGCGUCGCCUCGGGAGCUCCACCUCCCGCGGAGACUGUCCAUCACACCUCACCUGCAGGAGCAGACCGCAUGACGGACAAACCGAAGAUCCACGUGUUCCUGGGCGCUCCUCCUCCUGCCACCGUCCCAGCGUCGCUGUCUGCAGCUGGGGCAGAGGAUGAGGAGUGGCCCCCUGGUGGGUGGAGCAGCCUGGAGCUCUGCUGGCAGGGAGGAGAGCUGAAGCCCAAGGCCGGAGCUCCACCUCCCGCCUCCCUGCCCGAGGAGACCGUCGGUCACACCUCACCUGCAGGAGCAGACCGCAUGACGGACAAGCCGAAGGUCCAUGUGUUCCUGGGCGCUCCUGCUCCUGCCACCGUCCCGGCGUCGCUGUCUGCAGCUGGGGCAGAGGAUGAGGAGCGGCCCCCUGGUGGGUGGAGCAGCCUGGAGCUCUGCUGGCAGGGAGGAGAGCUGAAGCCCAAGGCCGGCCAGGCUUUUGAUUCUGACAGAUAUAGAGGAUCCUGUCCUGAAGAUCAGUGUUCAGCCUCCAUUCAUGACUAUCUGGACAGCUGCUUCCCUGCAGGCCAACCAGACCCAGAACCAGACCCAGAACCAGGCCAAGAACCAGGCCGAGAACCAGAGCCAGACCCAGAGCUGUCCAUCCAAACUCAGUAUCUCAGCACAUGGACCCUCAGUCAGGCCUUAAUCCUGAGAGGCAGGUGUGGCGUCCAAUCGGGAAGCAGCCCUGAGAAAGCCACACCUCCUCAGACCCCACCCAAACACACCCCGACCCCUCCUCCUCCUCAGACCCCACCCAAACACACCCCGACCCCUCCUCCUCCUCAGACCCCACCCAAACACACCCCAGCAUCACCGUCCGACUCCUCCAGCACCCCAGAACUCUUCAGCCCUGUAACACCCACCCAGUCGCCCAGGGUCACCCAGUCAGGGUCCAUGGAGCUUUUCAGUGAACCCCUCCUGUCCCAGAGGCUGGAGGAAGGCGGGGUCGUCCUGGAGGCGACCCCAGACGGGGUGCUGUGUUCCCAGGAGCCGGGUGGCGUUGAACAGAGGGAGUCCCAGACCGCCCAGAGCUCCGCCUCCAAAUCCCCUGACCACAAGAGACCUCGAAUCUCUGAGAGUCUAACGAGGACCGAAGCGUCUCCGCCGCCACCGCCGCCGACCUGCGCGAACAUCGGGCUGCAAGGUCCGACCACUCCUCUGGUCCGCUGCGUGGAGGCGGGGUUGCGCUACUCGGUCUUGGUGGCGGUGGUCCACCCCUGCCACCUGAAGGAGAUCAAGGUGAAGUCGGGGGCGUCGGCGGGCACCUUCGUCCCUCUGGCGUCCAUCAUCGUGACGGACCAAUCAGGCGUCGAGAUGAAGGUGGUGCUGUGGCGGCAGGCGGCGUUCUGGGCCUUGACCGUCUACCCCGGAGACAUCCUGCUCAUCACAGGCCUGCAGGUGAACCAGGACAAGUGGAGAGGUGAGACGCUGCUGCAGUCCACCUACAGCAGCAGACUGCUCAACCUGGGACAGAUCACUGCCACCACCUGUCCACCAGUUCCUCAGCAGGUUAAUGGUCGCUCGCUCCGCUCCCUGUGUGCGUUCCUGCGGGCGCGGCGCCCCCUGCUGGUCUCCCUGCCGCCCCGCCCCGCCCAGAACCCGAGCCGCCUCCCUUACGCCCCCCUGAGGUCACUGCGGGCCGACACGCUGGUGCACUGCCUGCUGCGCGUCACACACACACACAGGAGCGCAGUGUGGCGCGAGGAGGCGGAGUCUGGCUCCAGGUCGGCCCUCGUGCAGAAAGCCGUCCUGACUGUGGAGCAGCCGGACGGCCAGCAGGGGGCGCUGGUGCUGUGGGGAGCUGCUCUGGACUGGCUGCCUCGCUUCAGCAGGAACAGAGCUGCUGUGUGGGACUUCCGCGUCCUGCUGGUGCGGCAGGGUUUGACCUCUGACCUCCUGGAGCUGCACUCCACGCCCUGGAGCUCCGCCCAGCCGCUGGACCCCGCCCACCGCCGGGCGCGGGACUUCUGCCGGCCCGGCACGGGACGAGCCGGCGGCGCCGCGCUGGAGCUGGACCUCGACACGCUGCUGUCCCAGAAGUACAGCGGCGAGGUGGAGCUCAGAGUCCACGUCCUCGCCUUCCAGUUCCAGGGCUCUCCUUCCCAGAAUGCACCUCAGCAGGUGCUGGACAGCUCCACGCCGCCGGACGCCGUCCUGCAGGCGCUGAGCGGUGACAUCACCUACACGGGCUGCGGCCGCUGCGCCGCCGAGCUCGACACCGACGACAACGGCAUCUACCGGCCGUGUUACCCCUGCCUGCCGCACACCGCCGCCAGGAGGUACUACAGGGCGGGGCUGCUCACGGUGGCGGGGGGGGGCAGUCAGCUGUGUGUUCAGGUUCCUCCCGUCCCGCUGCAGAAGAUCCUCGACGCUCCACCUGACAAACUGUACAAGAGCUCAGCCCCGGGCUCGGCGGUGCGACCCGUCCAGCGGGCGGCCGACAGGCUGCAGGCUCUCGUCUCUCUGCCCAGGACCUCCUGGCUCCUGACCGUCCGCAGCCACUUCCUGUGCGACGAGAACAGCGUCCCCCUCGCCCAGGACUUCCUGCUGCUGGACCUGCAGUUCCCCCCAGACCGACCGCGGACCGCUGGCCUGAACCGGCCUGAACCGGUCUGGAUCAUGGCGGGAGCAGUCAGGAUGACUGAAGCUCCGUACAUCAACAUGAACUACGACAACGAGAUGCUGAUGAAUUUGACAACAUACGACUACAUUCCUCCAGUGGACAUAAAGACGGAACCCUACAUACCUGAGACAGCUCAUGGUCCUUACAUCCAGAUCAUCGAGGAGCCCAAACAGAGGGGCUUUCGCUUCCGUUAUGAGUGUGAGGGUCCGUCCCACGGCGGGCUCCCAGGGGCCUCCAGCGAGAAGAACAGGAGAACCUACCCGACUGUAAAGGUUAAUAACUACGUGGGUCAGGCCCGGGUGGAGGUGCAGCUGGUCACACACACCGACCCGCCGCGCGUGCACGCUCACAGCCUGGUGGGCCGGCAGUGCACGGAGCACGGCACGUGCACGCUGGACGUCGGCCCCAACGACCUCACCGCCUCCUUCAGUAACCUGGGAAUUCUCCACGUGACGAAGAAGAGCGUCGUCGAGGUUCUGACGAAGAGGCUGAGGGAGGAGAGGAAGAGGCAGAAAGGCCCGCACCACCACUUCACAGAUGCAGAGGAGAGCUCCAUCCUGAAGGAGGCCAAGGAUCUUGGGAAGGUGAUGGACCUGAACAUCGUCCGGCUCAAGUUCACCGCCUACCUGCAGGACAGCAACGGCGGCUUCACCCGCGCGCUCAAGCCCGUCGUGUCCAACCCCAUCUACGACAGCAAGUCGCCCAACGCCUCCAACCUGAAGAUUUCGCGCCUGGACAGGACGUGCGGCUCGGUGCUGGGAGGAGACGAGAUCUUCCUGCUCUGCGACAAAGUGCAGAAAGACGACAUCGAGAUCCGUUUCUACGAGGAGGAAGAAGACGGAGGCUGGGAGGCUUUCGGAGACUUUUCACCCACCGACGUUCACAAGCAGUAUGCCAUCGUGUUCAAAACGCCGCCGUACCACAGCCUGGAGAUCGAGCGUCCCGUCACCGUGUUUCUGCAGCUCAAGAGGAAGAGAGCGGGCGACAGCAGCGACCCCAAGCAGUUCACCUACGUCCCACACCAGCAAGAUAGAGAGGAGGUGCAGAGGAAGAAGCAGAAGCCUCUUCCUCAUUACGACCCCUGGCGAGGAGCAGGAGGAAGAGGAGGAGCCGGGGGCUUUGGAGGAGGAGGAGGAGGAGCGGGAGGAGGGGGAGGAGGAGGAGGAGGAGGAGGGUUCCAGUUCCAGCAGAUGAACGGAGGAUUGGAGGAAGGAACGUUCUACGUAGGAGGAUUCUCCAGCUUUGGGGGAGGAUCCCUGAUAUCAGGCUCCGCCCCCCAGACAGAGGUUACCCAGCAACAGACAGGCGGACAGACAGGCGGACAGACGGGCGCACAGACAGGAGGACAGACAGGCGGACAGACGGGAGGACAGACGGGAGGACAGACAGGUUCUCCGCUCCAGCAGCAGCUCUUCCAGAUCGCGGCGGCCCUGCAGAGCCGCGCGGCGCAGAGCGCCCGCCACACGCUGCUGCAGUACUGCAGCACGGGGGACGUGCGGGUGCUGCUCGCCAUCCAGAGACACCUGUGUGGAGUCCAGGACAGCAACGGAGACACUCCUUUGCACCUGGCCAUCAUCCACCAGCAGGCCGGCGUGAUCCAGCAGCUGGUCUACACCCUGCUGAGCAGCCAGCAGCGCCGCGUGCUCAACGCCACCAACCACCUGCAGCAGACGCCGCUGCACCUGGCCGUGAUCACACGGCAGGUGAAGGUGGUGGAGCUGCUGCUGCGCGCGGGGGCGGACCCCAGCCUCCUGGACAAAGAUGGCCGCACGGCGCUGCACCUGGCAGCGCAGGCCGGGGACGACGCCACGCUGCGCCCCCUGCUGGCUCACCUGGGGGAGCGCCACGCCCACCUGGUCAACAUGGCCGACUACCACGGGCUCCACCCGCUCCACCUGGCCGUGAGGCGCGGUGGCGAGCGCUGCCUCCGCCUGCUGGUGGAGGGCGGAGCCAAGAUCAACGCACCUGAGCAGAAGAGUGGAAGCUCCGCCCUCCACCUGGCAGUCAGGGAAAACCUGUUCAAGGUGGCCUGCUUCCUCAUCACCGAGCUCAAGGCGGACGUGAACAUGAGCACGUUUGGAGGAAACACGCCGCUGCACCUGGCGGCCGGACUGGGCUCGCCGACGCUCUGCAGCAUGCUGAUCGCCGCAGGUGCUGAUAAGAACCUGGAGAACGAUGAGCCGCUCUUCCUCAGCUCCUCCUCCUCCUCCUCCUCGGACGACGAGCAGGAGGACGAGCCAAUCACAGAGCAGGCCAAAGGGCGAGAGGCCGCCCCGCCGCCAAUCAACCCCCGGAAGAGACCGGCGGCCGGACACACGCCGCUGGACCUCGCCAAGUGUCAGAAGGUGAGGAACCUGCUGGACUCCAGGCAGAGCCCCGCCUCCUCUCGUCCCAGCAGCAGCAAGAAGACCAAACCCAGCCGGAGCCCAGACUCGGAGGCGUCCGGCCUGGAUGGGGACACCCUGGCCCGGCUGGUGGAGGUCCUGAGCGUCAGCGACGUUCCCUGGAGGAAACUGGCAGAGAAGCUGGGCAUGAUGACGCUGACGCACCUGUACCAGGACAGCCCCGCCCCCUGCCAGCACCUGCUCUACAACUACCAGCUGGGCGGGGGGCCGGUCGAGGGCCUGGUCGAGGCUCUUCAGUCUCUCGGUCUGACAGAAGGAGUUCGGCUGCUGAGGAGCAGCACGCUGCAGGACGACAAGCAGCCCGCAGACGCCACGGUCGACAGCGGCUUCCACAGCCAACCAAUGGAGGAGGAGGGGCCGGAGGAGGAGGCCCUGGCCAAUCAGUGAGCAGCAGGAAGAGGAACAGGAAGUUGAGCGGGAUCCCGGCGCACGUUUCAUCUCAACCCGUCACAAAGUCUGGAACCUGGACCUGAACCUGCCGGCCAAUCACGACCCUCGGAUCCAGCGGCUCACCUGCGGCGUGAGCCCCUCCCCCUCCCAGCCGCCGCCGCCGGGGUCCGCUCAGAACGUUCUAACGGUGCCAUCAGCCGGUUCUAACCGGUUCAGACCUGGAAACCCCUCAUCGAGUUAAACACGGCCUUAGAGACGCACGCCCUGAAAACGCUUCAUCAUAUAUAAUAAUUAUCCUUAUUAUUAUUAUUAUUAUUAUCAUUGUUUUAGCGAAACAGCAGCCAAAUUCACCAGGUAGUUCACAGGGUUUUCAAAGUGGGGUCCGGGGCCCCCCAGCGGUCCCUGAGGGUCUCCAGCGGGCCUCAGAUCUGAUCCAGCUUCACUAACAUGUGAUGACAUAAAUUUUAUAUAUUAUAUAUUUUCAAUGUAUUUUAUUUCUUAUUUUUAUGUGAUGAAUUUAGUUUUGUUUUUUGUUUUUAAUUUGCUUGCUAAUUUUCUGGCAAUUAUUUGCUGAAUUUCUUGUAAAUUGUUUUUACGAAUGUCUUGUUUUCUUACUCAUCGUCUUUUCUGAAAGAAAUCAAACAGAUUUAUGGGCCAAAAGGUAAAAUUACUCAAUGAGCAAAAAGAAAAACACAAGAAAACUGUAAUUAUUGUUUGAGGCUGCAUCAGCAUGCGGUUUGUUGUGUUUGAGUGUUUGAGAAAAGGCUCCGGGCGGCCGGCCGCAGGGGAUUGUGGGAAACCCGGUUUGAGUGACGACGUAAUGUUUCUAAUUUAUUCUAAUGAAUCGAGCCUCGUGGCUCCACGUCGACAGAAACACACGGAGCCGCUGGGCUUUUCCUUCCUCCAGCUGGAGGGUUGAGUUCCCAGCUUUCCCACAGGCCCUGAAGGCAGCACGCCGCCCGGCCGGGACAGAGGCGUCGCUCCUCUCCCCGCCUCUUUUAAAUAUUCAUGUUAACAUUUUUAAAGUUCGUGUUUCCCUCCGGUGCAAACGAGGCUUUUUGUUUCUCUGAAAUCAAAUCAAACCUGUUUCUGUCCGAUCAGGACCGCAGACCAUGUGACCGCUGUGAUGAUGUUGCCAUGGUGACGACGAGGAUGCCCCCUCGCUCUCCGUUAUUUUGCAGAAGUGAUGCUCUGUAGUCGCUGAUGGACAUGAAGAUGCUUUUUCUUUUUUCUUCCUCUCAUGUUUCUGAAUCAGUGCAGAGUGAAGCCAGGCGGUGUUACUGAUACUGUGUAUUCACCUGGUGGCUCCUCCUACCUGGUCGCCGCGGCGCCGCUCGGGUUCCUGUAAAUGAUCUGAUCGUGUUUUGUUUGAUGAAUAAAAAAAAACUCCAAAAACUCCCA